UUUUAUCAUCUCUGUCGAAAAGUAUCGAAUCCGAUCUAUCCACGUAUGUGCCAGAAGUCACGCCGGUCUGCAAACCGUCACGGUUAUCUAACGUCAGCGUUCGUAGGUGGGGCAUCGUGAAGUAACGUUUGCAACGUUGUAGUAACGCUUGCACGAGCUGUACCGAGUGCAACCGCGUCUGCUAAAAUCUCUGAUACCGCGAACGGAGCGCAGUUUGCAUUGUUCCUCGAACAACAGUCUCUCUUGGAAUAAAGAAUAAGUUGCAACAAUGGAAAUCUCGGCAGCUUGGCUGCUGACCAUCUUCUUAGCGGCCACUACUGUCACGGAUAGUGUGCCCACUUCUUCUGAUUCGUCUUUAUCUAGUUCCACGGAAUUUGUUCGCAAUGAAAUAAAUACAACUAUUGAAUCUGCGAAAGUGUCAACGCAGGACAAAUUUAUAGAUUAUACCAGACCUUUCUCGAAUAUGAAGGAUAUAUUGAUGCAAGAAAUUCGCACUUUAGAUAAAGACGUUUCUGAUGCCAAGAUUCAAGAAGAAGUAGCAGAGACUUUAAAAGCCGAAGCGCAAAGAGACCGCACGGAUUUGCGAAUCAAAACGACUGAUAAACCGAUCAAGUCAAUAACAAAGAAAGUGAAAUCUGCGGCGGAAAGUAUGGAAUUUAAGAAAUUUGAUGAUACGCCAUAUGAUGAAGAGGAUAAUGAAAAUGACGAAGAGGAGUACUACGAAGAAGACGAGGAUCCAGAUCUUGAUGACGACGAAGAAGUCAUGACGCAGUGUCCUGAUUAUUGCAAAUGCACAGGACAAUACGCCGCUGCAACGACUGCAACAUGCACCAAAUUAGUUGAUGAACAAGCCUUCGGACCAGGCAUCGCGCAUCUGCGAAUUGAAAAUGCUCCCCCGAUUCAAUUGGGACCAAAUGUCCUACGAGCUCGCGGGCUCCACCAAUUGGAAUCCAUCGCCAUUGUCGACACACAGAUAGUCGAGUUAGAUCGCACUGCAUUUAACGGCCUCCUAUAUCUGUUCGCGGUGAAUUUGACGCGCAAUGGUCUUCACGAUAUUCAUCCGAAUACCUUCCAGAACAAUACACAGCUCAGUUUGCUCACAAUCUCCGGUAACAUGUUGAGGCACAUGCACGACACGCAUACGAAACCGACAAAGCACUACCUGUUGCACGCAUCAUCGAUCACUGAUUUUGAUUUCUCGAACAAUGGAAUGCUGCGACUGAAACGCACCGCUUUCUCCAAGAUGCACAGCCUCAGUUACAUCAAUUUGCGUGGCAACAGAUUGAGGGAGAUCGAUAACGCAAUCUUCGACUCGCUGGAUUCGCUCGUGGAAGUGGACCUUUCGGAUAAUAUCCUGAAUGACCUCCCACUCGAUCUAUUUACUAACAAAGAAGUACAAGUUCUUCGUAUCGCUGGAAAUAAUAUAUCGUCGUUGGCUACCGUAAGUGCCUCAAAACUGACGACGCUUGACGCUUCGAGAAAUAAGAUUAAAGUAUUCGCCAAAGAGGAUCUGAAUGGUGUUCCAUUAUUAGAGGCACUAUACAUCAAGUCGAAUAAUCUGAAAAGAAUUCACCAACAUGCUUUCAGCGACCUCGACCAAUUGCGAAAUCUUGACAUCAGUGAUAAUAAGCUCUCUUCAUUAACGGAGCAUCAUUUCAAAUCUAACCCAAGAUUACAGAUUCUGCUGAUGAAUGAUAAUCCUACUUUACAAACAUUACCAGUUUUCAAAACUUAUGGUUUGGUAUACGAUACAUUCAGCAUUUAUCGUUUUGAAUGCGCGAAUUGUGGUCUGGACACUCUUCAACCAGACACAUUUAACGAAAUGCCGGCGUUAGCUCGGUUGAAUCUUGCAACAAAUCACCUAACUGGUUUGCCUAUUGGACUCUUGGACCGUCUCUCAUCUCUACGAGAUCUGGAUCUUUCCAAUAAUUACAUCCGUACUCUGCAACCUGGGAUGUUCCACGGUGCCGAGAGUUUGACCAAACUGAGUCUUGCGAAUAAUCCAUUGACUACAUUGCAAGUAACGCCGUUUUUGGAUACACCAGGACUCGUGAAACUGGACGUGAGUCGUUGCAAUCUCGAACGUGUUUGGAGCGAAGCUAGAACACCGUUGAGAAGUCUUCGAUUCUUGUCGGUUCGAGCUAAUCUUUUACGACGAAUCACUAUCGAAGAACUUAGAGCUAUGCCAAAACUGUCGGGUCUAGAUUUGUCGCACAAUCCUCUAGAUUGUGAUGAAGAAUUUAAUCAAGCUCUGCAAUGGCUCACCGAUCGUGGUAUUACACCGACAGAAAUGGUUAAAUAUUUCAAUGAUUUUGCUAACAUUGAUGACGACACCGAUUCGAAGGGCAUCAGUCAAUGGACAGAUUUAGCGAAGAUAGCUUGCGAUGGAAUCGACGAUGGACCACCACCGAGACGAUUUCCUAGUAAAAAUAUAGUUCCGAAGAACGAUUUUCUCGAUGACUCAGAGGAUUCCGAUUCUCUACUAGAAAGAAACGAGCUCGAUAAGGACGAGGAGCUUCUCAAACUGAAUAUCGAUCACGGUAUACAUGCCGAUGAUCCGCGACUCAUGGAAGAUCAAGAAUAUGACGAAGACUUCACGAUCACCACAGAAUACCAUUCUUGGUACAAUUUGAGGCCUACUUUCAAAAUCUGGCUAGUUUCCGGCACCGUUUUAUUCGUUCUGGUCAUGUUUCUCUUGGCAGCGCGCAUUGCCUGUUGUUUGGCAAAUAAACGAGGACGUGGUCCGGUUCUCAGGCCACCUAUGAUCCUUCGUCAAGGUCUGGUCGACAAUAAGAAUUGCGGUUUAGUCUACAAACCCCUGCAGGAAGAAAUAGCCACACCUCACAUGCCAAAACGAGGUAGCUUCUACUCAAGCAGCACCUUCCAUUACGAUAAAAUUGUACCAGAGAGUGUAUAGAGAAAAUUUAUUUUUUGAUCAACUGAUCGACUGGGCCGACUGAUUGAUCGUGACCACUUUACGUCUACGCUUUCGCAAAUCAAGAGAAAUUCUUCACAAAUUGUUAUUGGUUGAACAACGGAGCCGAUAAAAGAGAAAGCGAGUGCAUGCUAGAAUAACUGUUCUCGCGAAAAUGCGUUAAUUAUAAUUUCCAAUUAGAACAUUUAAACAAACUCUUCUUUAUUUGAUCAUAGCCAACAAUACGUAUGAUUGGCAAGUUUUUUAUUAUUUCUAUUGAAAGAUAUAACUAUUAUCAUUUAAUUAAAUAUUAUAAAAAUAUAUGCAAUUUAUUGAAAUACACCUCGUUUUUUGAGCUUUGUCACAUUUUCAAAGUUUACACAAAGAGAGCGAUUAAUAUAUAAGUGCGUUUAUUAUCGUUAUUAUUAUAAUUCAAAAAUGAUGCCUGAUAAUGGUAGCAAAGCCUGGAAAUGAUAGCAAAGUACUUAUUAUUUAUAGGUAUUAUUUAAACUUACAAUUUUAAGCUUACAACUUAUUUUGAUAAGCGGCUGGGCGAAUUUCGAAGCUUAAGUUUUUUUAAACAGUACUGCUUGUUUAUAGAAAAAUAUAU